CACCAGCCUGAUUUGGGAAAAUUCUCUGUUAUUCCCACGUGACACUCUCUUGCUCUUUUUGGCGCGUGAUUAGGUUUUCAGGCUCUCGUCCACCGCCAUUUUAUCUAGAGGCCCUCCUCCUCCAUUUAUCCAUUUUUGUUCAGCUUCUCUUUAUCUCACCACCUUCAUUCACUCUCUGCAAAACACACAAAGUUACAAUUAUAUCGCACUCCUAAUCGAUUCGAGACGAAAGCUUGAAGCUUUUUUCAAUUUCCAUUUUUCCUUUUUCUCAAUUUUGUUCUCUUGAGGCAAGAAGAUUUAUGGACUCGGCGGCGCUUUCCUUGAGAGCCGUCUCCCCAUCUCUAUUGUGCAAUUGCAUAAACCUUAAAUCGGUUCACGCGUCGGCCCAUAAACCCACAUCGCCGUUGCCGAUUUCCCUUUGUGUUUCUUCGCAAAAUUCACAUUUGAAUUGUGUGCAUCCUCUUAAACCGGUCGCGAGAACACGUCUUGCCUGCGCGUCUGUUGCCUCCCACCACACCAACACCUCCAGCAGCGGCAAUCUGAAGGCCGCCGCCGCCGACGCCGGAGCAAAGCUGCAGAUCCUCAUUCAGGAAUUCCAGUCGCUGGUUGAUUCGGUAGAUCGCGUGAAGAAGCUUCUGCAGUAUGCCGAGACUCUGCCUCGAUUCGAGGAUUCACUGAAGACCACAGAUAACCGCGUCCCAGGGUGCACGGCUCAGGUCUGGCUGCAUGUAGAGCUGGGCGAUGAUAACAGGUUGAGGUUCUCUGCUGAAAGUGAUUCGGAGAUUACGAAAGGGUUUUGUGCUUGUUUGGUGUGGGUACUCGAUGGGGCGAGUCCCGAGGAAGUUUUGGCUGUAAAAACCGAAGAUUUGGGAGCAUUGAGUGUGGUCGGGAUGAAUGGGAGGAAAGACGGCUAUUCGGGUAGCAGUAGGGCUAAUACUUGGCACAAUGUAUUGAUGAGUAUGCAGAAGAGAACUAAGGCUCUGGUGGCUGAGCAGGAAGGUAGGCCACGUUUCGAGCCUUUCCCGUCGUUGAUUGUGAGUGCUGAUGGUAUACAGGCCAAAGGAAGUUAUGCCGAAGCUCAGGCUAGAUUUCUGCUGCCUAAUGAGGUAAAAAUUCAAGAGCUAGUGAAUCUGCUAAAGGAGAAGAAAAUUGGCGUAGUUGCGCAUUUUUACAUGGACCCUGAGGUUCAAGGCGUUUUAACAGCUGCACAGAAGUUCUGGCCUCACAUUCACAUAUCUGAUUCUCUGGUUAUGGCUGAUUCUGCUGUGAAGAUGGCUAAAGCUGGGUGCAAAUUCAUCACUGUCCUCGGUGUUGAUUUUAUGUCUGAAAAUGUGCGUGCUAUCCUAGAUCAAGCUGGAUUUCCCGAGGUAGGUGUAUACAGAAUGGCGGAUGAACGAAUUGGCUGCUCCUUGGCUGAUGCUGCUUCUAGCCCAGCAUAUAUGGACUACCUAUCAGCAGCUGCAACCUCUGUUUCGUCUCCAUCUUUGCAUGUUGUGUACAUUAACACCUCCUUAGAGACCAAAGCUUAUUCUCACGAAAUUGUGCCAACAAUAACAUGUACUUCUUCUAAUGUUGUGCCAACUAUUCUACAGGCAUUUGCAGAAAUUCCUGAUUUGAAUGUAUGGUAUGGUCCUGACAGUUACAUGGGAGCAAAUAUUAUGGAGUUGUUCCAACAGAUGACAAUGAUGAGUGAUGAAGAAGUAGCAAGUGUACAUCCGAGUCACAACAGGAGCUCUAUAAAAUCUUUGAUACCCCGCCUUCACUAUUUUCAGGUGAUGNUGCAUUGUCCAUCACCUCUUCGGCCACGAUGUUGUCAACAAAAUAAAAGAAAUGUACUGCGACUCGUUUCUAACCGCACACUUUGAAGUCCCCGGCGAGAUGUUCUCCUUGGCAAUGGAGGCUAAGCAGAGAGGGAUGGGAGUCGUGGGGUCCACACAAAACAUUCUAGACUUCAUCAAAGAGAGGUUGCAAGAAGCCUUGGACAGGAAAAUCGACGAUCAUCUCCAGUUUGUUUUGGGAACCGAAUCGGGUAUGGUGACCUCGAUUGUCUCUGCAGUGAAGGGAUUGUUAUCGGGAUCCGGUGGGGCCCACGGGGGCCCUAGGGUCUCGGUGGAGAUAGUCUUUCCCGUCUCAUCGGAGUCCGUAACUCGAAUGCCGAGCUCUUCCUCACGAGAAGCGGGGGAUGAUUUCUCGAAGCUAUCUGUAAUACCGGGGGUUGCGAGUGGGGAAGGGUGCUCGAUUCAUGGUGGAUGUGCAUCUUGUCCUUAUAUGAAGAUGAACUCUCUUGGAUCACUCCUCAAAGUUUGUCACAGUUUGCCCCAUGACAAAGAUAAUCUUUCAGCUUAUGAAGCCGGACGGUUUAGUCUGCAGACCCCAAAUGGGAAUCUUAUAGCUGAUGUAGGUUGCUACAAAGAAGUUGCCAGAGAAGCUUGUUCAGCAGAUACUCCAAAGUGGCAAUGUUCGAUAAAUUUCAACUUUCAACUGGAGAAUUGGAAUAAAAACUGUCCGACUGGAUUGGAAAACGAGCCUCUUUCUUUUCCAAGCCGAGCGAAUAAGAUUCCGAUAGUUUGGGAGAAAAAGUCAAUGUGGAACGUCCACAAACUCGUGUAAUAGUAUACAAUUUCUAUAUCAUACAAAGCUAAAACUGAGCUAGCAUAAGCUUGUUUUAUCCAGCGGCUGUUGUGGUUAUUUCAUAUUUGUACUAAUAGUUAGAUUUGAGUGUGUUUUUUGAUCAAUUUUGUGGUGUUUGUCAUGCAACAUUAUCAUUUGGAGUUUGGACUGGUUACAAUGUAGGAAAUAUGUUAAGCUAGUUUGUGCUUGUUGUGGGGCUGUAACACGGUUAGUGUAAUAUUUUUUUCACCUAUAUUCCAGUGUUCAAGGGAAUUUGGAUGUGAAAUGAAGCAUGAUUUUCUAAAUAUGGUGUUACAUAUUGUAUUGUUCAGAGAUCUACCUAACAAUAAAAACUGGG